CACGGAACGUUUUCAGGUAAACUACCGGAAGUAAAUGUCAGUCGGACUCGAAAGGGCGAAGCACCGGCUGAAUACAUGUGAGGUUUGUUGCUGAAAUAACUGAUGCUGCUCCUCACACAUCAGUAGAUGUCUGGAUGGCCGUGUUUGCUAUAGGCUGCUGGUGUUUGCUGUUCUUGAAGUGACUUUGGUUUUGUGGAUUCGGCACAAUGCGGCGGCUUUACAUUGGCGGGUUGAACCACACGGUGACCCAGAAGGAUCUGAAGGACCGGUUCGGAAAGUUCGGAGAGGUUCAGGAUGUAGAGCUGCGGACCAGGAGGGAUGAGGAGGGUGUUCCUUACAAAACAUUCGCCUACAUCAACAUCAACAUUUCUGAAGCAGACCUCAAGAAAUGUAUGACGGUUCUUAAUAAAUCCAAAUGGAAAGGAGGAACUCUGCAGAUUGAAGCAGCCAAGGAGAGCUUCCUCCACAGGUUGGCUCAGGAGCGUCAGGAGGCAGCAGAACAUCAUCUUCAAAGAUCUGUAAAAGAAGCAAAGAAGCAGAAACUUCUGGAUACAUGGAGCAAAGCUGGAGUCCAAAACUUCACCAUGAAGGCUGCGGUGCCGGGAUCUGAAGUACCAGGAUGUAAGGACUGGGUGGUCAGUAAAUUCGGUCGAGUCCUUCCUGUGCUGCAGCUCAGGUGUCAGAAAGGCAGCAAAGCUCGAACAGUGAAGUACGACCCAUCAAAGUACUGCCACAACAUCCGCAAACUGGACCGGACCGAUCCAGAUAAGACUCUGUCAGUCACCCAGCUCACCUGGCAGGUGGAGGGAGGGGAUGAUGACGUCAGCAAGAGGAGGAGGGGGGAGUUCCCCCCAUACGAGCCAAUCAAACCCAAGAAGAGUCGCACGGAUCCGGGUGACUCCCUUGAUGCUUUCAGCAGGAGCCGAUCCGAACGGGCCCAGAACUCCGACAGAAACACUGAAGUCCAUCAGCUCACCAACGGCGCUGAUCUCCCAACCAAUCACAGAGCAGCUCAGAGGGAGGAGAGGUGGUUCCUUGACAGCGACGUCGAUUCGGACGAGGAAAUCCGCACUCUGGCGGCCGCCCAGCAGAGCUCCCAUGAUGCACUGCAGCAGGAGGCGGAAGACGACGACAACCUGGAAGUGGUGGGACUCGACUACCUCAUGAAAUCAGGACCCAACGAAGAUGAGGAAGACUAUGACUCUGCUGGCACAGAUGAACUGUUUGAAUCCAGAAGAAAUCCACCUGCCCCCCCACAGGAGAAACCUUCAUCACCAACAGCCCAGCAGUUUUCAGACAAGAAGAGACAAAUGAAAAGAAAAACUACACCUGGAGACGUUUCCUCCAGUAAAAACUCAUCCUCUCUGCAGAGAGAGAACCCAGCUGGCGUCCGCCCUGCGAUAAAGCACUCAUCAGAUUCACACAGUGACGAGGAUGAUGAAGAGGAGGAGGGAAACUCUUCAGACUCGUCUUCAGAUUUUGAUUUUCCAGCCCUGUUUUCUGCCAACUCCAACCAUCUGAGGAUCUCCUUGGCUGAUUUACAGAGGCUGGCUGAGAGCAAAGUUCCCAGCUUCCUCGGAUCCGGACUGAAACCGGAGUCUGGCCUCCCGGUUCGACUUGCACGCAAGGAACCCAUCACCCCCGACGAGAUCCUCGCCUCCAUCAUGGGGGAGGACAGCAGCAGCGACGACAAAGAACACAAGAAGAAGAAGAAGAAAGCAGAAGGAGUGACAUCAGCGUCUCUGCAGCCCUCAGAGGAAACCGGGCCGGAAACUUCUCAAACUGACGGGUGUCUGAGGAGGAAGAGGGAACAUGAGCGGAACGAAGCUGCAGGCAGCGAGAGACAGAAACAUGGAGAAACAUCAGAAGCUCUCAGAGAGUCACAGACCAACUCUUCCUCUGGGAGUGAAGAAGAUGAGGAAGAGGAAGAAAAGAUGAUAUCUGUGGAAGAUCAGCCUUCAUCCAGCAGCUCCUCUGAGGAAGAAGAGCAGGAGGCUGGAGCAGCUCCUCCUCCAGCUCCUGCGGCAGGCAGUGAGGAAGAGGAAGAGGAGGAAGUAGCUCCUCCCCGCGUGGCGUUGGCAGCCAAGGAGGAAGAGGAGCUGCAGAGGAAGGCCAACAUGAGGAGGCUGGCUGCUGUCCAGCAGAGGCAGAAGGAGGCUGAGGAGCAUAAGAAGCUGAUCCAGAGAGCUCUGGCCAACCUGGAAGCUCCGCCUCCAACCACAGGGAAACGCAUCGUCUUUGGUUCAGACGAUGAGGAGGAAAAGCAGGAAGUUGUCAAAGAGUCAAAGAAGCCCCUGUUCCAGGACAGCCAAUCAGAAGACGAAGCCACAGCUGAGGGAGCAGCAGCAGCCAAUCAGAACGCCCCACACAAAGCAGAGCGCCUGAAGCCGUCGGGUCCGCAGCUGUUUGCUGACAGUGAAGAUGAUGAGGAAGGUGGUGAAGAGGAGGAUGGCAGCAGAUUUGACAUCAGGCCAGAGUUUGAAGGUCCAGCUGGACAAAAGCUGAUGGCGCUACAGUCUCGCUUUGGGACGGACGAGCGAUUCCGGUUGGACUCCCGCUUUCUGGAGGAAGAGGAGGAGGAAGAGGAAACAGAAGUUCAGAAGAGUCUGAUGGAGGACGAAGAGGCUCUGGAGGAGGAGAAGAAGAAGAAUCUGUCCAUCCUGCAGAGCGUCCUUGGAACCGGCCAACAGGCCGGCGGCAAAACGGCCGGCAAAGCCAAGCAGUUCAGAGACGUGUCGGCGCUGCACUACGACCCGAGCAAAGAGGAGCACGCUGCAUUCGAGACCAAAACAGAAGAAACCAAAAAGGAGAGCAAAGCGGCCCGCAGGAAGAAGAGGGAAGAGGCUCAGAAGCUGCCUGAAGUUUCCAAGGAGAUUUAUUUCCAGGUGUCCGGAGACCUGAAGGCCGUGUUCGGCCAGACGAACGACGGCUCUGCUGAGGGAGAGGAGGGGACAAACUGGGAUGAAGAGGAGGAAGAAAAGGCAGGAGGAGAGGAAGAACAGCUGCUGCCCUCCCUCCUGUCAGCCGAUCCCAGCUCCAAGUCAGAGGAAUCCUCCGGAUUCAGAUUUUCUUUCUUUGGAGACGAGUCAGCAGCUGGAAGCGGAGAGACGGCUGAGUACAAAGCUGAGAAGAUGAAGGCGCCGAAGGUCUCCUGGCACCAAGACCCACGUUUCCAUGACAGCAGCUCUGAGGAGGAGGUGGAGGAGGAUGAGCAAGAGGAGAAGGAGGAGGAGCAGAGCAGCGUUGAAGCUAAAAACACAAAGGAGGAGACUCCAUCACAGCCUGAUUUCUUCUUCUUCUCUUCUGAUGACCACAGACUGACAGAGGGGCCCAAGUUGUUCUGUCGGACCUCCCAGCUGGAGGAGCAGAGGGAGCGGUGGGAGGAGAGGACCAGCACGCUCAGACAGGAAUACCGCAAGAAGCACAGAGAUGCCAGGAGGAAGCUGAAUAGCUCUCGGAAGACCUGAGGAUCAUGGGAAGUGUAGUCUCUGAAGAGUUUUGGUUUUCUCAGUCGCUGCUGAGUUUGAACCGGUUUUGUGCUGCAGAUGAACAAAACCUUAUUAAUACAAAGCAAAAAUAAUAAAGUGUUGGAGACAGAAAGUGAAAAUAAUUUAACAAGAUAUUUUAAAGUAUUAUGUCAAUACAUUUUUUACUCUGCUCCCACAUUACUGAAGUAUUAAAUCUCAAAGUUUUGAUCUAAUGACUCCUGACUGUCUGAUUUUUGUAAAACAUAAUAAAUAAUUUUCUGAAAUAUUU